GUAAUACCUAUAUCUAGCUAAAACUAAGUCCAUGAUUUCACAAUUAAUACAUAAUUAUAUACUCAAUGAUUUCAUGGUGUAAUAUAUGUCAUUCAAAUAUUGAUGAGGAUUUGGUAUUAUGACCUUUAACAGUCUGACUAAGCUGUAGCUAAGAGAAGCCACCACAGAUAAUAAAAAUUAUGCUAGUUUUGUAUGUUAAUUUCUUUCUUUACUGCCUCACGUUGUCUUUUCGUUUUUGUUGCCUCAUAAUGAUCAGAUGUGUGUGGUUGCCACAGAGUUCAUUAAUGAACUCUUGUUGGCACUUUUGAGUCUGAAUAGCUAUCUCUGAUGCUUGUCCUAGCUAUAGUGUGCCUGCUUGGAACUUCCUUUCAAGUCCAAGCCACUCAACUCCAGCCAAAAGAGCUGCAGCUAUUCAAUGAUCUAGCUGGACCAGGGUCAUGUGUAUUGCUCAACUGUUCCAAGUCACUGCUGAAUUGUCUCCUGCACUCUAGGUGCAGAGAAGCAGCCUUUUGCAAUGUCGAUUGCAUGAACAAAACAGAUAAUGAGGCGUGCAAUCUUCUCUGUGAGCUCACCUAUGACUCAGUACAGUACAGGGAGUUCUUGCAAUGCAUGAGUGAUCACGGCUGUCUACCGAAAUCUCCACCAGAUGGCAAAUGUUUGGCAAAUGAUACGGAUUCUAUCAAGAAUCUAACUAAUCUGGCACAAGUGAAGGGGAAAUGGUGGAUUUUACGAGGGCUUAGAUCUAAUUGUGGACAAAGAAACUGGCCGGCUGGUUUCGACUUUUUUCCGUGCCAGCGCGACGAGUUCUUAUUUGAGGAUGAUCAAUGGGUGGAUCACAUCGCAUACUGUGGAGGAAAGAACAAUACUUGCAGUACUCCUCUAAUAUACACUGUUGCAAACGUCUCCCUCCGAAUACCUGGAGUCAUGACUCAUUAUUACACGGACCCACCACUUAGACCUCAAAAUGAAGAAUGGAGAGUGUUAUCAUGGCCCCACCCUGACUGGAUGUUGUACAUCUACUGUGGGUAUACACCUACAGGGCCCUAUGCAGGUGGUAGUGUUGUGAGUCGAUUGAACAAGCCCAGGAUGGAGGACAUACCUGGAUAUGUGCAGACUGAGUUUAAAGCUACAGCUCAACGUUUUGGGUUUGAUUAUGAUACCAUGUGUGUGAGCAAUGUGACCGAGUGUACAGACUAG